AGGGGGUUGAGGUGGGGGGGUUCAGGGUAGAGGUGAGGGGGUCCUCAUGGCGGGCUCGUCGUCAGGUAGCGCGGACCUCGACCUCGCCGCCCCCGGCGCGGACCUCGCGCUGCCUCCGCUCUUCGGGGGUCACAUCCUGGAGGCUGAGGUGGAGUUUGCGUCGAGUCCGGAGCGAGCGGCCGAGGCGAGCGAGUCUCUGCUGCCCCUGAGACGUCGCCACCUGUACGAGAGCAAAUACCUCGCACUCAGGAAGCGCUGCGCCGAGAUUGAGGGGAUCAAUGGAAAGAUCCUCAACAGACUUUACCACGUGCGCAGAAUCACGCGCCGUGUGAAGAAAGAGAGGUGGUUUUUGAUGAAGAGGCUGGACGACUUCAAGGACAACUACAGGGAGGUGCAGCUGCCCAUCCUGUUUGAGGACGACUCGGCUCUCACGCCGACCAAUCGGAGUGCAACGCUGGGGGCGGACGACUCGGAGGCGACCCCCGACCCCGGGGCCACAGGUCGUCCGCAGGAGCCCGCGGUGGGCGGCACCGAGAGCCCCUGUGAGGUCACGCUGAGGUCGGGUGCCAAGAAGCAGCAGCAGCUCCAGAUAAAGGAGGAGAGAGACUUCUAAUGGCGAUUGAUCGUGCAUCGUUGUGAUGCGUGAUGCACGAUUCACAACGGUGUCCUCCGUGACAAAAACCUACAAAACACAAUUGUGCAUAUUCAAUGGCGGUCCCCCCCUCCCUUGACGGCCACCACUCAAAUGCGGCUAACGGCCAGCCAUCACCCCCCGUGUGUACAAGCGAUGGGGCUAAUGGACAACGUCAGGCGGCCUACGUCAAAGCACCCAUCGGUGGCCGGCAACUCUUUAAUAAAAAAAACAUGUUCCGUUCUCGAAGAAGUUCCCAGUACUUGGUGCGAAACGUCAGACAUCGUGGCGAGCAGCAUGCGGGCGCGACUCGAAUACGAAUGCGAACGUUCUAGCGGUCAACCCAUCGCAGGCCGACCCGAGAUAUUGACGCGGAUCGCAGCGGUGGAUUGAGCCGUUUUCAACAAUGAAUUGUCAUCGCCAUCAUCAGUUGUGGUCAAUCCACUGCUGGAUGAAGGCCUUCCCGAGCCACUACCACCUCCUGCGAUCCUGUAAUGCACUAUUCCACCCAGAAUCUGAUAAAUUUGGGUACCAAAUAAAAGUGUCUCUGCAUGUUUAAGUCACUUCUUGAUGAAGAGAACAGCGAAUGCAAUAUGAGUUUUAAAGUUGUAAACAUAUGUAAGUAGGUUGAUUAUUUCAAUUGGAGUCUUGAUUAAACACUUUGUUUAUAAAUGUAUCGCGAAGGUGGCUGGGCGGCAAAAGAGGGGUUCAAUGGACAUAUCCCAGCACUGAGCUGGCACUAGAACCUGGGUUUGAAUCAAGAUUUCUGCCACCAGUGAUUUAAACCAGCGUUUUCAAGUGUAAACAGUCCAGUGCUCUUAGCGCGGGCAAUUUUGGCUGCACGGAAUAAAACCCCAUGUAUAUAUUCGGUAUGGCCCAGCCUGGCUUUUGAGGCCUCGUGUAGAACGUUGGGUUAACAAUCACUCUUGUAACGUGACAAUGAAUUAAACUGCAACGUGUGUUUGUA